AUGUCAACCUGGAAAGCGGUCGAUCCAACUUUCUUUAUAGCUAUUUUCUUACAAAUAAUCGAUCAUAGAGAGGCAAGAUUCAAGAACUGCACCGGAUCCGACCAACGAGGUCGCCCAAAAGCCGCAGAACACCAUGAGGUUGACCAACCAGCUGGCAGCAGCUACUGCUACUCUCGUGGCACCGGAAGCUACUGCCAUAUGGAUUCAGCAGCAAUUCCGCAACUUGAGUGCAUAGUCGCACGCGACUCAGAUCCACCUUGUAUAAUUAGAGGAGGAUCACGGCAAUUGCCAAUGGCUAUGGAAAGCAAGAGAUCGAAGGAGUCAUACUGGAGAGGAGGCAUGCGAAGGUGCUAA